AUAAUUUGCAUUUGAAUGUGAGGGAGGGUUCUCUACUUCAAUUACAAUCCUCCUUAGAUUCCAAUCGUGUUGGGAUUAAACAUUUAUGGAUGAUUGAAGUUCUUGGUUUAGUCAUCCAUACUUCAUAGUAACGGACUACCGGUUGACUCUGAAUUGAUUUGGCUGCAGCUUUCUUUCCGCUUUUAAAAUGGGUAUCCAGUUGAGACCUAGUGUGGUUGCACUUUUCUUGUUUCUUCUCUUCUCACCAACGGUAUUGUCAGUAUCAAAUGAUGGAUUAAUCAGAAUUGGGCUUAAGAAGAGGAAAUUAGAUCAAAUCAACCAGCUUGCUGAAACCAUUGAUUCAAAGGAAGGACAUGCUAGAAGAAACUAUCUCCAAAGAAAUAUGGGGAAUUCUGAUGCAGAUAACAUUGCUUUGAAGAACUACAUGGAUGCUCAGUAUUUUGGUGAGAUUGGUAUUGGGACACUCCCUCAAACGUUCACUGUGAUUUUUGACACUGGGAGUUCAAAUCUUUGGGUGCCCUCUGCAAAGUGCUAUUUCUCGGUUGCUUGCUAUUUCCAUUCAAAGUAUAAAUCAAGUCAUUCAAGUACAUACAAAAAGAAUGGGACAUCUGCUGCUAUUCAGUAUGGAACUGGAUCUGUUUCUGGUUUCUUCAGCCAAGACCAUGUCAAUCUUGGCGGACUGAUUGUCAAAAAUCAGGAUUUUAUCGAGGCAACUAAAGAACCAGGAAUCACAUUCUUGGCUGCUAAGUUCGAUGGCAUUCUCGGACUUGGAUUCCAAGAGAUUUCUGUUGGGGGUGCUCUUCCUGUCUGGUAUAAUAUGGUGAAUCAAGGUCUUGUCAAGGAACCCGUCUUUUCAUUUUGGCUUAAUCGGGAUUCUAAAGAAGAUGAAGGGGGUGAAAUUGUUUUUGGAGGAGUUGAUGCUGAUCAUUUUAAGGGUGUCCAUACCUAUGUUCCUGUGACUCAGAAGGGCUAUUGGCAGUUUGACAUGGGAGAUGUGCUUAUUGGUGGCGAAACAACAGGAUAUUGUGCUGGUGGUUGUUCAGCCAUUGCAGAUUCUGGUACAUCUUUGUUGGCAGGACCGACGACUGUAAUAGCUCAAAUCAAUCAUGCAAUUGGAGCUUCUGGGGUUAUAGGGCAAGAGUGCAAGUCAGUAGUGGCCAACUACGGAAAAACUAUUCUAGAUCUGCUGCUGAGUGAGGUAGCACCAAAAAAGAUUUGCUCCCAAAUUGGUCUGUGUGCAUCUGAUGGUACUCAGGAUGUGAGAAUGAUCAUAGAGAGUGUAGUGGACAAAAACAACGAAGCUUCUCACGGGGCCCGUGACGAAAUGUGUGUUGCAUGUCAGAUGGCAGUUGUAUGGAUGCAAAAUCAACUCAAACAAAACCAGUCUGAAGAGAAAAUCUUGGAUUACAUCAAUCAGCUCUGCGAUCGCCUGCCCAGUCCAAUGGGAGAAUCUGGCGUCGACUGCAGCAGUAUUACUUCCAUGCCUAAUGUUUCGUUUACAAUCGGUGGAAAAUCAUUUGAACUAACACCAGAGCAGUAUGUACUCCGAGUCGGUGAGGGUUCUGCAGCGCAAUGUAUUAGUGGGUUUACAGCUCUAGACGUGCCUCCUCCUCGUGGACCCCUGUGGAUCCUAGGAGACAUUUUCAUGGGUCGGUACCACACGGUGUUCGAUUACGGGAAUGCAAGGAUUGGAUUUGCUGAAGCCGCUUAAUCGCUUAGCUUCUCGCGUCUGAAUUUCCAAAUCCGCCCUUUCGUUGACAUUAAACUAACCACUAUGCACAUAUAAUCAAUAUGAAUGAAUAAUUAUGAUACACUCUCCAUGAAACCAUGAAUACUAAAAUCAUCUAGCUCAUGGCUAAACUUUCUUCUCCCUUAUUUGGUCACGUU